AUGUUGAUUGCACCUUUCUCGAUAAUCCAUGCUGGUACGCAGAUGAUUUGGGCAUCGCCGUAUAGGCCUCGCGAAACGAGAAAUCAUACCAUCCAAGUUUCUAACGAGAUACUUUUCGAUUUGGCCGAAUCGUAUCAAUACAUAAUUCUCGAUCUUAAUGAGGUCCACGGGUUUUCAAGAGGUGAGGUUGAAAUAGGGGAAGGACGUCCCGCUAUCAAAAGAACAGCCGUCCAGGUAUUGCGUGCACGGGCCAAAUGUGGUCUCAACCUCGUCAGUCCGAAAUUUUAUUCUAGAAGAGACUCCGAACUCAUCACACGCGCAUAUCAAACAAGAACAAUCAUGAUUCAAAGAACACUCCUCCGUCAAUCUCGAGCAUUGAGCUCAUCUAUAAGGUCAACGCCUAAAGCAUCACUUGCGCGACCUCAAUUCCAAGCUGCCAGCCAGAAUCUCGCGGCUUUCUCCAGGCCUGUCGCAUCGAGAUGGUACGCAACAGAACCAGAGGCAAAGCAGGCGGAGGGAGAAGCUGGGAAGACAGAAACAAAACCCACAGAGGCUGAGGACCCGGUCAAGAAAGAGUUGGAGGCAAAGAACAAGGAGGUUAUUGACUUAAAGGAUAAACUUCUCCGGUCGGUAGCAGAUUUCCGCAACCUUCAAGAAAGAACGAAACGUGAUAUGCAAAGCGCGAAAGACUUCGCCAUCCAGAAGUUUGCCAAAGAUCUCGUCGACAGCGUGGAUAACCUCGACCGAGCUUUGACAAUGGUUCCAGAAGAGAAGCUCAAAGCGGAGGAGAAAUCAGAGCACCUCCAGGACUUGGUGUCGUUAUAUGACGGCCUGAAGAUGACUGAAAAUAUCUUGAUGUCAACACUGAAGAAGCACGGUCUGGAGCGAUUCGAUCCCAGCGUCGAGGGCGAAAAGUUCAAUCCAAACGAGCAUGAGGCAACAUUUAUGACACCAAUGGCAGGAAAGGAGGACAACACCGUCUUCCACACACAAUCAAAGGGAUUCAAACUUAACGGACGGAUAUUGCGAGCGGCCAAGGUUGGCGUUGUAAAGAACAGUUAG